AUUCCAUUCCAACCCCGACAGUACUCUUACAGCCUCAGGCACACUCAAGGCCCAGCCAUUUCCACCUCCUCCUCCGUACUCCUUAUCUCACGCGCAACGCACGCAGUAGAAAAACCCACAGAAAAGCCCAGAAAAAUCCUUCCAAGAUAUCCAAGAUGCAGUACAAAAACUUGGGUAGAUCGGGGUUGAAAGUCUCCCAGCUUUCUUUCGGGGCCUGGGUAACCUUCGGGAAUCAAUUGGACGUGAAAGAAGCCAAGAGUCUGCUCCAAUGCUGCAGGGAUCACGGGGUGAAUUUCUUCGACAACGCCGAGGUUUACGCCAACGGCCGGGCGGAGGAAAUCAUGGGACAGGCGAUUCGGGAGCUGGGAUGGAAGAGAAGCGACGUCGUAAUCUCCACCAAGAUUUUCUGGGGCGGGUCUGGUCCGAAUGAUAAAGGGUUGUCGAGGAAACACGUAAUUGAAGGGACCAAAGCUUCGUUGAAGAGAUUGGAUAUGGACUAUGUUGACGUCAUCUACUGCCACAGGCCCGACGUCAGCACCCCGAUUGAGGAGACUGUGAGGGCUAUGAACUAUGUGAUCGAUAAGGGGUGGGCUUAUUAUUGGGGGACCAGUGAAUGGUCUGCUCAGCAGAUCACCGAAGCUUGGUCUGUUGCUCUGAGGUUGGAUCUUGUGGGUCCCAUUGUUGAACAGCCUGAGUAUAAUCUGCUCUCCAGGCACAAGGUAGAGUCGGAGUAUCUCCCUCUCUAUAGUAACUAUGGUAUUGGUCUUACCACAUGGAGUCCACUUGCGUCUGGUGUUCUGAGCGGAAAGUAUUCAUUGGGUUCUCCUCCUCCAUCUGACACUCGGUUUGCACUGGAUAAUUACAAGAAUCUUGCAAGCAGAUCAUUGGUAGAAGACGUCUUGAGGAAGGUUGAUGGACUGAAACCCAUUGCUAAGGAGUUGGAUGUUUCUUUGCCUCAACUUGCAAUUGCUUGGUGUGCUGCAAAUCCUAAUGUCUCAUCGGUUAUUACUGGUGCGACCAAAGAAUCUCAGAUUAAAGAGAACAUGAAAGCUAUAGAUGUCAUUCCAAAGCUGACACCCCUUGUGAUGGAGAAGAUCGAGGCUGUAGUUCAGACUAAACCAAAGCGGCCAGAUUCAUACCGGUAGACGGGGUAGAGGAUCGAAGGGUGUGGAUUCUGUGCACAAUCAUUGAUUCUUGAGCCAACUUUCUUCCAUGCUUGAUGAUGUUAUUCGGAGGAAAGCUCUUGCAGUAGUCAAAUAUGGGCUCUAUUUCAUGUGCUGUAAUUUUACAUGAUACGUAGUGUUUUUAUGAUAUUUGCUAUCUAUAAGGAUUUCCUUUUCUCGUACUUGAGAAAAAAUCGAAAAUAAUGGAAACACACUCAGCAGACGUGCGCAAUGUUGUCUUUGGGUUUUGGACUUGAUUUGUUUGAUAUUUCUGUUGCUGAGA